UGAAUAGGAUACAUUCGAUAGUUGUGUGAUUUGAAUUGAGGUGAAAUUCGGGACCGAAACGUAAGCUAAAAUAUGUUGAAAAUAACGACAUAAUAACAAUUUUUUUGGAGAAUUAAAGAAGGACAGCCGAAGCCAUGGAUGAUAUUCGUUUCGAAUGGCUGAGAGACAAGGUCUAUCAUGCCUUGAACAUUUCUGAUCCCGAAGUUUUUGAGGAGUUGAUGAAUCGAGAUGACGGCGAAUAUGAAAUGGGCCUUGCCAAAUUUCUAAAUGAAACUCCAGAGGAAGGCAAAUCAGCUGCCAUAUUUUACAAAAGAGUUCAACAAGAGGAAAGAGAGGUUGAAAUAGAAAUCGAACCCUCAGAGACAGAUGGCCUCCUUGAAAUCAUGGAUGAUAACUUGUUGGGUGCCACACCCAUCGAAGAGACUCCGCCCACUCCUGCAGAACUGGCCGAAACACCCACGGAAGAGAAGGGAAAGAAGAAAAAGAAGAAGAAAGGAAAGAGGAAUCAAUCGGCAAGGACAGACGCUCAGCCAGAACCAGAGACACCCCGUGAAGAACCUAAACCACCUGAACCUGAACCUGUGGAAGAUAUAGAUCUAGAUGCUCCAUCCCCGGAUAAACAACCUACAACAAAAAUUGUCAGAGAGACCUUCAUGCGCACGCUGCUGUACAUGUGCCAUGGACACGUACCGGAGCAGGUUGCGGAGGAAGACUGCAUUUACUUCAUCCGCAAUACACCGGGUAUGGUGGACCUACCCAACACCAUGGAUGAAGCACAAAACAUGCUACCAAAGUUCUUUGAGUACGGUAUCCUCAACGGUCAUUCUUUGGUCAUGCUGGAACAGAUUAUCACACAGGUGUACAUUCCCCUGCUGUCUUUUAGCGCUCACAAGAACGGCGAUGCUCCAACCGAAGCAGAGCAGAAAGCAGCUGCCCUCUCGUCCUCCUCCAAGGACAGCCUCGGCAUCCACCCGGAUGAUUCCGACGAGGAACAAGAAGAGGUCAACGUGGCUGAACUCCAGAAGCACGCUCUCUUGAGGGACGAUUUUCUCAUCAACAUGGAGAAGUUCGCCAAGCACAUCGAGCGCACCAUCCAGCAGAUCGAAGGGGAGGUGCGGCUGGACAUUCCGGAGCUCGGCACCGACGGAGACCCGAGCGAACUGGCCCAGAACGACGUCCUCAUACAUGAGAUCGAGAACGCAACGCUUGAAUGGACGAAACAGAUUGCAAGUGCCGUGGAGGUUCAGUUGAAGAAGACUCCUCAUGGAAACGGCCCACUUGCUGAGAUUGACUUCUGGCGAGAACGGAACGCAGCGUUGAGUGCUCUCAGCGAGCAAAUUAAGAUGCCAAAGGUCAAGAAGAUGCUGGACAUCCUGGCCAAGAAGGACGCCAUGGGUGACCAUGCCAUCCUGCAGAGCUUCGAUCUCAACAGGGCGGAGCUCAACAAGUACUACGUAGAGGCAAAGGACAAUGUCCGCUUCCUCAGCACCCUGGAGAGGCACUUCAAGAACCUGACGCAUGGUGCAGGGUUUCAGAUUGUCCUGGACACCAUCCCGUCCAUGAUGAAUGCCUUGCGUAUGGUGUGGAUCAUCUCUAGGCAUUACAAUACGGAUGAGCGUAUGAUUCCUCUGAUGGAACGAAUCGCUUGGGAACUGGCUGAGAGAGUUGAGAAGGUCAUUAACAUCAGGACCAUAUUCAAGGAUUCACCUGUGCAAGUGAAAGCCAAGACAGCAGAGGCCAAGAAGACCUUGGAGAUGUGGAAGGAGUGUUACCUUGAGGUCAGGGCCAAGAUUGAAGCCUCCGGACGCGAUGCCCGCUGGGAGUUUGACCGCAAGAAGCUCUUUGAACGGACGGACUACAUGGCCACCAUCUGCCAGAACAUCUAUGAUGUUGCACAGGUCCUUGAGGAAUUCUACAACAUCUUUGGACCUGAGCUGAAGUCUGUAACAGGUGAUCCACAGCGCAUUGAAGAUGUGCUGAAGAGAGUGGAUGGCCUUGUAGAACCUAUACAAGAUGUGACCUUUGAACCCUUCAGCCUGAAGCACCAGCUCCAAUGGCGUAAGGUCAUGGAGUGGUUUAACAAGGAGGUCGCAGCCAUAGAAGACGAGGCUAAGCAUUUCAUCGACGAGUCCUUCAAGACGCUACGCUCGGCAGAGGGCGCUUUUGACAUGCUGCUCAAGUUCAGACACAUCCGUUCACGCGAGGCCAUCAACUCGCAGAUGAUGAAGAAGUUCAAUGAUAUCCUCCUGCAGUAUGGCAAAGAGGUCGACACCGUACAAGCCCUGUUCAAGCAGUACCAGCACAACCCUCCCGUGUCUAAGAAUCAGCCUCCCGUAGCCGGAGCUAUCGCUUGGGAGCGAUCUCUCUUCCAUCGGAUCAAACACACCAUCAUCAGGUUCCAGAGCAUGGAGGACAUGCUCACCAGUGAAUACGGCAAAGCUGCAAGAAACAAGUACCUAGGUGUAGCCAGACAGAUGAAAGAAUAUGAGGACAGGAAAUACAAGGUGUGGCGUGAACACGUUGAGUUGAUUCUACCGGGCUUACUCAAGCGUAACCUCCUGACCCGACCCCAGGAUCAGAUGCCUUCAGGAAAGACACAUGAACACGCAGGGGGUGACGAUGGUGAUGAUACACACAGGUCAAUGGGUCUUAGUACGGAUACCAAGUAUGUAGUAGACUUUGCUCCAGACCUGUCAGAGAUCAUCACUGAGACCAAGUACAUGGAGCAGCUAGGAUUCUCCAUCCCUGAGCUUGCUCGUAAUGUAGCCCUACAGGAAGACAAGUAUCUCAGAUGGAAAGAUGGUCUGAAUCACAUGCUACAGAGAUACCAUGGUGUGAUAGCUUCCAUCGACUCUGCCGAGACCCAACUCCUUGAUGAGCACCUGAGAGAGCUGAGACGUACUCUCAAACCAGGACACAAACGUCUCAACUGGAACUCUCUUGGUAUCGCUGAUUAUAACACCAGAUGUGAACAGGCAAUCUCCAAAUUUGAGUCCCUGGUGAACCAGAUCCAGAAGAACGCCAAGGACAUCGAUGCUCGUCUGAGAGCCAUGGAGCUAGCUGAACUCUUCAAAGGUCCCCCUCCUCAGGUCAAAGAAGAUAUUCUACCAAGCUGCAAGGAAUUCUAUGACCACAUUGAGAGGGAGAGGCUUCACAUGUACGAGACGCUGUCCAGGAAGUACCGAGCCAUCGGACCUCUGCUCACCAAGAUGGAGGGUCUAGUGGUCCAUACUAACACUGGAAAGUCUCCACGUCUCAAUGCAUACUAUGCCUUCUGGGAGAGAAGAGUCUACGGGACUCUCAAAAGGAUGGUGAUCAGGAAUCUGUCUGAGUUCAACCGAGACACGGUCACCAACAAGCCUCUAUUCCAGAUAGAAGCCAUGCUAUCUGCCCCAGAGAUCAUCCUAGCCCCGGCAGCUAAUGAGAUCUACAAGCUCACCAUGCAGUGUGUCAGAGACCUGGUGGAAGGAACCAAGAACUUUGUGCGUUGGAUGCACGGCACCUGCAUCGAGACUCCGCCACAGAACGUGGACGGCGAGGAUGAGCCGUACAUCUUCAGUUUCUUCUCGGACAUCUCAGCAGACCCUGCGGUCAUCGAGCUGGUCCAGACCACCUCAACGUCCAUGCAGAAGUCACUGACCAACCUCACCAAAUAUCUCAACAGCCCUAAAUGGAAGAGAUACAGACCCCUGUGGAAGUUGGAUAAGACCAUCAUGCUUGAGAAGUUUGCUAGCAAGAAUCCAACCUGUGUGGCGUAUGAUGACAAGCUACAGUUCUACUCCAAGCUAGCUACUGAGGUCGGGAACCAGCCCAAGAUCAAGGAUGAGGACUGCGUCCGUCUCCACAUGAAGCUCCUUGCCGACACUGUCCGAGACCACGCCCGCAAGUGGGUGGAGUCCCUCGGCCAGCUCCUGCAAGAUGCUGUCAAGGAAGAUCUGAUGGGUCUCAAGACUGAACUCACGGGCUUAGCCUCUGAUUUGAAGCGAGCUCCAGACACGCUUGAGGAUCUCAAGUUCGUGCUGCGUGUCAUCUCGGACAUCCGGGACAUGUCUCUGACCGUUGACAUGCGCAUCGCAGACAUCCUGGAGCGCUACCGCACCCUGGCCAUGUACAACCUACCCGUGACGGGGGAAGAGACGGAGACCUGUCUGAAUAUCAAGCAGAUGUGGGAUGAUCUGGCCAUGGAGUCAAAGCACGUUGAUGCGAGCCUAGUGGUGGUCAAGAAGAAGUUCACUGAGAUCACCCAAGUACAGAUAGGUGGCUUCAGCAAGGAGCUAAACAGCUUCCAAGACCGUUUCAAGAUGGGUGGUCCUGGAGCAGUAGGCAAUGAUCUAGACAAAGGUGUUGAACUGCUGGAGCAAUUCAAGAAGGAAAUGGCCAACUAUGAGAGAGACAGACAGGAGUUAGCCAACGCUGAGAAACUGUUUGAUCUGCCUAUCACAAUGUAUCCUGAACUGGUCCAGGUCCAGAAGGAAAUGAAUGGUCUGGAUAAGACCUAUGAAAUCUACAAAAAUCAAAAGGCUGCUCGUGAGGAAUGGGCUCAGACUCUUUGGGCCAACCUGAACGUGAAUCACCUGGUGGAUGGUAUCGAGGGCUUCAUCAAGACCCUCAAGAAGCUCCCCCGUGACAUCAAGGGCUCCCGUACCGCUCAGAUGGUGGAAGGCCGUAUGAAAGAGUUCAGGGAUUCUAUCCCACUCUUUGUGGACCUCAAGAACGAGGCUCUCAGAGAGCGCCAUUGGAAGGAGUUGAUGGUCAAGACUGGACAGUCCUUUGACAUGAACCCGGACACCUUCACACUGGACAACCUCUUUGCUAUGGAGCUUCAUAACUUCAAGGAAGUCAUUGCUGACAUCGUUACCAGUGCUUCUAAAGAGUUGAGCAUUGAAAAGGGUAUCAAGGAAGUGACCGAGGUAUGGGAAGGCAUGAAGUUCAACGUCAUCAAGUACAUGAAGGGCACCCAGGAGCGAGGUCACAUCGUAGGAGCGGUGGACGAGGUCAUGCAGAUACUGGACGACAACUCCAUGAAUCUUCAGAGCAUGUCCGCUUCACGUUUCAUCGGUCCUUUCCUCAACCAGGUCCAGAGCUGGGAGAAGAGUCUGUCCCUGAUUGGAGAGGUCCUGGAGGUUUGGUUGGUGGUGCAGCGGAAGUGGAUGUACCUUGAGAGUAUCUUCAUCGGUGGUGACAUCAGAUCACAGCUUCCAGAGGAGGCCAAGAAGUUUGAUGCCAUCGACAAGACUUUCAAGAAGAUCAUGCAUGAUACAGUGGCAAACCCCAAGAUCAAGGAUGCCUGCCACGCCCCAAACCGUCUGCAGGAUCUGGAGAUGAUCAGCACCGGUCUUGAGAAGUGCCAGAAGAGUCUCAACGACUACCUGGACUCCAAGAGAAAUGCCUUCCCCCGUUUCUUCUUCAUCUCUGACGAUGAGCUGCUAUCCAUCCUGGGAAGCAGUGAGGCUACCUGUGUCCAGGAACAUAUGAUCAAGAUGUUCGACAACAUUGCGUCGCUGAAAUUCCAAGAGGGCAACAACAAGGAGACGACCGCCCUAGCGAUGGUGUCUGCGGAAGGGGAGAUGAUGAACUACAGGCAGGUGGUGACCGCUGAGGGCAGGGUAGAGGAUUGGAUGACCUGCGUCCUGGAGGAGAUGAGAAGAACCAAUCGACUCAUCACCAAAGAAGCCAUCUUUACUUACUGUGAAACCAAAUCUAGGGUUGAGUGGAUGUUCAUCUACCAAGGUAUGGUUGUCCUGGCAACCAAUCAGAUUUGGUGGACGUGGGAGGUGGAGGAUGUCUUCCAGAAGGUCAGGCAAGGUGACAAGGUCGCCAUGAAGACGUACGCCAAGAAGAUGCACAAACAGAUCGAUGACCUUGUAGUCCAGGUUCGAUCACCUCUGACCAAGAAUGAAAGGCUCAAGUUCAACUCUGUUCUCAUCAUUGAUGUACAUGCCAGAGAUAUCAUUGAUGGAUUUGUGAGAGACAGUAUCCUAGACGCCAAGGAGUUUGAAUGGGAGAGUCAGCUACGGUUCUACUGGGACCGUGAUUCAGACGAGCUCAAUGUACGGCAGUGCACAGGAACCUUCGGCUAUGGUUACGAGUACAUGGGACUGAACGGUAGACUGGUUAUCACUCCUCUCACCGACAGAAUCUAUCUCACCCUCACACAGGCAUUGUCCAUGCAGCUGGGAGGUGCUCCAGCCGGCCCUGCUGGUACAGGCAAGACAGAGACCACCAAGGAUCUGGCCAAGGCUCUAGGUCUACUCUGUGUGGUUACCAACUGUGGUGAAGGCAUGGAUUACAAGGCUGUUGGCAAGAUUUUCUCCGGUCUGGCACAGUGUGGUGCUUGGGGUUGCUUUGACGAGUUCAACCGUAUCGACGUCUCCGUACUGUCUGUCAUCUCAUCUCAGAUUCAGACCAUUAGGAACGCUCUCAUCCAUAACCUCAAGAGAUUCCAGUUUGAGGGCAUGGAGAUUGCAAUGGACAACCGUAUGGGUAUCUUCAUCACCAUGAACCCUGGGUACGCCGGUCGUACCGAGCUUCCUGAGAGUGUGAAGGCCCUCUUCAGACCGGUGGUUGUCAUCGUGCCUGAUCUACAGCAGAUCUGUGAGAUCAUGUUGUUCUCUGAAGGUUUCCUCUUCGCAAAGGUGCUGGCAAAGAAGAUGACUGUGCUCUACAAACUAGCCAAGGAGCAGCUGUCUAAGCAGUACCAUUAUGACUUUGGUUUGAGAGCUCUCAAGUCUGUGCUUGUCAUGGCUGGUGAACUCAAAAGAGGCUCUGCAGAAUUGCCAGAGGAUGUUGUGCUGAUGAGAGCACUCCGUGACAUGAACCUGCCCAAGUUUGUCUUUGAGGAUGUGCCUCUCUUCUUGGGUCUCAUCUCCGAUCUCUUCCCUGGUCUGGACUGUCCUCGUGUCAGGUAUCCCAACUUCAACGAUGCCGUAGAGCAGGCCCUUGAGGAGAACAACUACGUUCUCCUAGAACACCAGGUUGAUAAGGUAGUCCAGAUGUAUGAGACCAUGUUGACCCGUCACACCACCAUGGUAGUAGGACCUACAGGAGGCGGCAAGACAGUGGUCAUCAACACACUCUGCCAGUCUCAGACCAAGCUAGGAAUUCAUACCAAGCUCUUUGUGAUGAACCCCAAAGCAAUGAGUGUCAUCGAGCUCUAUGGCAUCCUGGACCCUAUCACCCGUGACUGGACCGACGGUCUCCUCUCAAACAUCUUCCGAGAGAUCAACAGACCCACGGACAAGACCGAUCGCAAGUACAUCCUCUUCGAUGGUGACGUCGACGCCCUGUGGGUGGAGAACAUGAACUCAGUGAUGGACGACAACAGGCUUCUGACCCUGGCUAAUGGAGAGAGGAUCCGUCUUCAGAAGCACUGCGCUCUGCUCUUCGAGGUGUCGGAUCUCCAGUACGCUUCACCGGCCACCGUCUCCCGCUGUGGUAUGGUGUACGUGGAUCCCAAGAACCUUGGCUACCAUCCGUACUGGCAGCGCUGGGUCGGUGGUCGCACCAACAAGGCUGAGCAGACAGACCUGACGAGGCUGUUUGACAAGUACGUCCCCGGCUGUCUGGAGAUGAUAAUGGAAGGUGUCAUCGAUGGCAAGCAAGGCGAUAAGCUGCAGAUGAUCGUUCCUCUCACUGCUCUCAAUAUGGUGAACCAACUGAGCAGGAUGCUUGAUGCCCUCCUGAUCAAGGAACUGGGUGAGUCGGACGUCCUGGAAUGUUACUUCCUGGAGGCCUUGUACUGGUCCCUUGGUGCCGCCCUGGUGGAGGACGGGCGUCUCAAGUUUGACAGCUACAUCAAGAACAUCGCUUCCAUGCCAAGUAUCUCCGAUGAGAGCGUGGACGCAGGACCGGGAGAGUUACCCGGUGUUUUGGAGACAGUCUAUCAAUACUUCUUUGACAAGCAGACGAAUAAGUGGAUUCCAUGGGACAGAGUCGUUCCCAAGUACGUCCACGACCCUGAGAAGCGUUUCAACGAGAUCCUUGUGCCCACUGUCGACACUGUGCGUAACACCUGGGUCUUGGAGCAGAUGCUGUCCGUCAAGCAACCAGUCUUGUUUGUCGGUGACACCGGUACCUCUAAGACCGCUACCAUCCAAGACUUCCUUCGGAAUCUGGACCAGGACAGCCAUUUGAUCCUGUCCAUCAACUUCUCGUCUCGGACCACCUCCAUGGACGUCCAGCGUAACCUGGAGGCCAACGUUGAGAAGCGCACCAAGGACACGUACGGGCCGCCGCCCGGCCGACGCCUCCUCGUCUUCAUGGACGAUAUGAACAUGCCGCAGGUGGACGAGUAUGGCACGCAGCAGCCCAUCGCUCUGCUGAAGCUGCUGCUGGAGAAGGGGGGUAUGUACGACAGAGGGAAGGAUCUGAUUCUGAAGUACAUCAGGGACAUUGGCUUCUUGGCCUCUAUGGGCAAGGCUGGAGGAGGUAGGAAUGAGGUGGAUCCUCGUUUCAUCUCUCUCUUCUGCUCCUUCAACAUCACUUUCCCCUCGGAGGAGACCCUCAAUCACAUCUAUUCCUCCAUCUUGGCCGGCCAUUUUCAACCCUUCGAAGAUAGCAUCCAGAAACUGACCCCCAAGAUCACCCAAGCCACGCUUGACCUCUACAAGGUUAUUGUAAUGGACCUACCCCCUACCCCAUCAAAGUUCCAUUACAUCUUCAACCUUCGUGACCUGUCAAGGGUCAGUCAAGGCAUGCUGCUGACGACCCCCGAUCGUUUCUCCACCCCCAAGAGUUGCAUCCGAGUGUGGCGCAACGAAUGCCUCAGGGUGUUCCACGAUCGCCUCAUCAACCAACACGAUAAAGAUCUUGUGCAGGCUAUGAUCAAGAAUAUUAUAGACGAGCAUUUCCGUGAGCAUAAUGAGAACGCCAUGCGAGAGCCUCUCCUGUAUGGCGACUAUCGUACAGCUCUAGAUGGAGGAGAAGCCAGGCUCUAUGAAGAUAUACAGGAUUACGAUGCAGCUAAAGCACUCUUCCAAGAGAUUCUUGAAGAGUACAAUGACAGUAAUACCCCAAUGAACCUGGUUCUCUUUGACGAUGCCCUUGAUCAUUUGACCCGGGUUCACAGGGUCAUCAGGAUGGAUCAAGGUCAUGCCCUUCUUGUGGGAGUCGGUGGGAGUGGUAAGCAGAGUUUGACCAGGCUGGCCUCCUUCACGGCCGGCUGUGAGGUCUUUGAGAUCACCCUGAGCAGGGGCUACGACGAGAACAACUUCAGGGAAGAUCUGAAGAUCCUCUACAACAAACUGGGCAUUGAGAACAAGAAGGUCUCUUUCCUCUUCACCGACGCUCAUGUCGCACAAGAAGGUUUCCUUGAGCUAAUCAACAACAUGUUGACCUCAGGAAUGGUGCCAGCUCUCUAUGCCGAUGAUGAGAAGGAAGCGAUAGUGGGACAGAUGCGAGACGAAGCCACCAAACAGGGCUACCCACCCAUCCGAGAAGCCAUCUGGCAGUACUUCAUCACCAAGAGCAUCAACAACCUCCAUGUGGUCCUGGCCAUGUCUCCCGUGGGCGACACCCUCCGCACCCGCUGCAGGAACUUCCCCGGCCUCGUCAAUAACUGCAGCAUCGAUUGGUUCAUGGCCUGGCCCAAGCAAGCCUUGGAAGCGGUGGCCUCCGUGUUCCUCGGACAUGAAGAUGUGAAGAGCAUUCCGGAUGACAAGCGUACCAGCGUGGUAGACCAUGUCGUGUUUGUGCACCAGUCUGUGAGUGACUACAGCAAGCAGUUUGCUCUCAAGCUGCGUAGGAAUAACUAUGUGACGCCCAAGAACUACCUGGACUUCAUCAAUACAUACCUCAAGCUGCUGGAUGAGAAGGAUGAAUACAUUCUCUCUCAGUGCAAGCGUCUAGAGGGCGGUAUGGCCAAGCUCGUCGAGGCCAGCGUCCAGCUGAACGAGCUCAACGAGAAGCUGGCCGUGCAGAAGGUAGUCCUGAAGGAGAAGAACGAGGCCUGUGAGGUUCUUCUGGAGGAGAUCACGACCCGUACCGCUCAGGCCACCGAGAAGAAGUCAUUUGCCGUGUCCAAGGGAAAAGAAAUUGAGGUUCAGAGCGUAGUCAUCAAAGUAGAAAAGCAAGAUGCUGAGGAAUCAUUGGCAGAAGCCAUGCCUGCUCUAGCAGCGGCUAGAGAAGCUCUGUCAGAUCUGGAUAAAUCAUCCGUUACAGAAAUCAGGGCUUUUGCCAAGCCUCCCAAGGCUGUACAGAUGGUGUGUGAGUGCAUCGUGGUGCUGCGUGGUAUCCGAGAGGUCUCCUGGAAAUCAGCCAAGGGGAUGAUGGCCGAGGGCAACUUCCUCAAGUCACUCCAGGAGCUGGAUGUAGAUGGUAUCUCACAGACACAGGUGAAGACUGUGAGAAACUUCUUAAAGGACUUGGACACCACCUACGAAGACAUGAAGAGCGUCUCCUUUGCUGGGGCAGGUCUCUUCAAGUUUGUCACUGCUGUACUUGGUUAUUGCUCCGUAGCAAGAGAAAUCAAACCCAAAAGAGAAAAGGUGGCCAAACUGGAGAAGACAUUCUUCCAGGCCAAGAGGGACUUGGACCGCAUCAAUGCCGAGGUGAACUCCUUGGAACAGGAACUCAAGGACCUGGGCCAGAAGUACGAGAACGCCAUGUCGGAGAAGAAGACCCUUCAAGAAGAAGCUGAGAUCAUGGAGAGACGUCUUAUCGCCGCUGAUAAACUCAUCUCCGGUCUCGGCUCCGAGAAUGUCAGAUGGACCAAGGAUCUGGAGGACUUGCGUCAGCGCCGCAUCCGUCUCCUCGGUGACUGCCUGGUGUCCUCCGCCUUCCUGAGUUACGUGGGUGCCUUCACCUGGGACUUCCGUGAUCAGAUGGUGUACCAUGAUUGGCAGGAUGACAUCAGCGAUAGGGAGAUCCCCAUCAGUGACCCCUUCAAAAUAGAGAACCUUCUGACCGAUGAUGUCGAGAUCAGCAAAUGGGGAUCGGAAGGCUUGCCUCCAGAUGAGCUGUCUAUUCAGAAUGGUAUCCUGACCACCAGAGCCAGUCGCUUCCCUCUGUGUAUCGACCCUCAACAGCAGGCUCUUAACUGGAUCAAGAAGAAAGAGGAGCCUAACAAUCUCAAGGUGUGCACUUUCAAUGAUCCAGACUUCUUGAAGCAGCUUGAGCUGGCCAUCAAGUACGGCUUCCCUUUCCUCUUCCAAGACGUGGACGAGUACAUCGAUCCUGUCAUUGACAAUGUCCUAGAGAAGAACAUCAAAGGUGCUGCUGGCAGGGAGUUCAUCAUGCUUGGAGACAAGGAGGUAGAUUACGAUCCAAACUUCCGUCUCUACCUGGACACCAAGCUGGCCAACCCCAAGUACACACCAUCUGUCUUUGGCAAGGCUAUGGUCAUCAACUACACUGUCACACUCAAAGGUCUAGAAGACCAGCUGCUUAGUGUCAUCGUAGGCUUUGAGCGUAAGGAGCUGGAGGAGCAGAGAGAACGUCUGAUCCAGGAGACCAGCGAUAACAAACGACUCCUGAAGGAUCUUGAAGACUCCCUGCUUAGAGAACUGGCUACCUCCACUGGUAACAUGCUGGACAACGUGGAGCUGGUAUCUACUCUGGAGGAGACAAAGUCUAAAGCUUCUGAGGUGACAGAAAAGCUGAAACUGGCUGCCGCCACGGCCAUAGACAUUGACAAGCUUCGCGAUGGCUACCGACCGGCCGCCAAACGUGGAGCUAUCCUGUUCUUUGUCCUCUCUGAGAUGGCUCUGAUUAACAGCAUGUACCAGUACUCGCUGGCUGCCUUCCUGGAAGUCUUCCAGCUGUCACUCAAGAAGAGUUUACCCGAUUCCAUCCUGAUGAAACGACUCCGCAACAUCAUGGACACCCUCACGCAUAACAUCUACAACUAUGCUUGCACAGGUUUGUUUGAGAAGCACAAGCUGCUCUUCUCCUUCCAAAUGACCAUCAAACUGGAGCAGUCGGAGGACAAGUUGCCCCAGGAGGAGCUGGACUUCUUCAUCAAGGGCAACCUGUCCCUGGAGAAGAACCGUCGGGGGCGCCCUCACAAGUGGAUCCCCGAGCAGGGCUGGGAGGACGUCAUGAAGCUCAUGGAGCUUGCGGAUGUCUUCCACACUCUCCCUGAUGACCUGGAGAAAAAUGAGAAAUUCUGGAAGGAGUGGUACGACCAAGACGCACCAGAGCAGGUAGCCUUCCCUAUGAAAUACAAAGACGGUCUCACCAUGUUCCAACGCCUCCUUCUCCUGCGUUGCUUCCGCGUGGACCGCGUCUACCGUGCCAUCACAGACUUCGUCACGUCCUGCAUGGGCGAGAAGUACGUCACGCCUCCCGUUAUCAGUUUUGAGGCCAUCUUUGAGCAGAGUUCACCGCUGUCUCCGAUCGUCUUCAUCCUGAGUCCCGGCUCCGAUCCGGCCAGUGAUCUCACCAAGCUGGCCGAGAGGUCUGGCUUCGGUGGUAACAAGCUCAAGUUCCUCUCUAUGGGUCAAGGCCAAGAGAAGGUUGCUCUUCAACUGCUAGAGACAGCCAUAGCCAGGGGACAGUGGCUCAUGUUGCAGAACUGUCACUUGUUGGCCAAGUGGCUGCGUGAUCUGGAGAAGGCCCUGGAGAGGAUUGUCAAGCCUCAUCCGGACUUCAGACUCUGGCUGACCACCGACCCCACCCCAGCUUUCCCCAUCGGCAUCCUCCAGAGAUCCUUCAAGGUUGUGACUGAACCUCCCAACGGUCUCAAGCUCAACCUACGUAGCACCUUCCACAAGAUCUCCGCCCAGGUCCUGGAGGACUGCCCUCACGAAUCCUUCAAACCUCUGGUCUUUGUCCUAGCCUUCUUCCAUGCCGUGGUCCAGGAGAGACGCAAGUAUGGCAAGGUCGGCUGGAACGUUCCGUACGACUUCAACGAGUCGGAUUUCCGGGUGUGCCAGGAGAUCCUCAAUACGUACUUGACCAAAGCCUUUGAGCAAGGUGACACCAAGAUCCCUUGGAACAGCCUGAAGUACCUGAUUGGAGAGGUCAUGUACGGUGGCCGAGCCAUUGAUAACUUUGACAGACGUAUCUUGAACACCUACAUGGAUGAAUACAUGGGGGACUUCAUCUUCGAUACAUUCCAACCAUUCCACUUCUACAACAACGAGACGGUAGACUACUGCAUUCCAGAGUACGGACCCAAGGAUAAUUAUACACAACUGAUUGAAGGACUACCCCUGGCCAACACACCCGAGGUGUUCGGUCUUCAUCCCAAUGCUGAGAUCAACUAUUACACACAGGCAGCUAGAGAUAUGUGGGCACAACUGGUUGAACUUCAGCCUCAGACAGGUGACUCUGGCCAAGGGAUCAGUCGUGAUGACUUCAUUGCCGGCAUAGCAUCAGACAUCCAAGCCAAGCUACCUCAGCAGUUUGACCUGGACAAGAUCCGCAAGAAGUACGGCCUUGAGAUCUCGCCUACGACCGUUGUACUGCUGCAGGAGCUAGAGAGAUUCAACCGGUUGAUAGCCAGGAUGGCUCGCUCGCUGGCAGAGUUACAGAGGGCAUUGAAGGGAGAAGUUGGUAUGAGUAACGAGCUUGACAACGUGGCCCGAGCACUCUUCAACGGUCAGAUCCCUCAGAUCUGGAUCAAACUGGCUCCAGACACUCUCAAGUCGCUCGGAAACUGGAUGCUGCACUUCCAACGACGCUUCAACCAGUACACAACAUGGGUGAAUGAAGCUGAACCACCGGUCAUGUGGCUCAGUGGUCUUCACAUCCCAGAGUCGUACCUGACCGCGCUGGUUCAAGCCACGUGCCGUAAGAACGGCUGGCCACUCGACAAGUCGACCCUCUAUACGUCCGUGACUCACUACGUCACCCCUGAUGAGGUCACGGAGAGGGCACAUUCAGGUUGCUUUGUGACUGGACUCUACUUGGAGGGUGCGGCCUGGGACGUUGAUGAGGCGUGUCUGAUGAGGCCACGCCCUAAGGUUCUCAUUCAGGAGUUGCCCAUCCUCAAAGUGAUCCCUAUUGAAGCGCACAGACUCAAACUACAGAAUACAUUCCGUACGCCGGUAUACACCACGUCUCAGCGUCGUAACGCCAUGGGUGUAGGUUUGGUGUUUGAGGCAGAUCUUGCUACGUCUGAACACACUUCACAUUGGGUCUUACAAGGAGUGUGUCUGGUGCUUAACGCUGAUUAGGAUUAACACCACUGUCUAAACACCAAUUAAAAAUUAACUACAAGGUUUAUGUGUGGUACUCAACACCAAUUAGAAUUAAAAGUCUACUGUCUAAACACCAAUGAAAGAUUACCUAAAAGAUUUAUGUGUAGUACUUGACUUUAAUCAGAGUUAAAAGUCUACUGUCUAAACACCAAUGAAUGAGUGCCUGCAAGGACAGUGUCUUGGGCUUGAUAUAGAUUAGGAUUAAAACCACUAUCUGAACACUAAUGACUGAUUGCAUAGAACAGCAUUAACAUUUAUAUCAUAUAUUCAGAUGAUGGCCAAGUACAUAUCUUACCAAUAUGAUUUACUCUUUUAUCAACCAUGAUUAGUAAAUGUAGGGAUUCCUAGCUACUACUUUUGGGUCUAAACCAUAUAUUUGCCAUAUCCAUAUGGUAUUGUGAUGUUCACAAAUUCUGUACUCACAUCUAUAGCUACGUUCUCUUUUGAAUGAUAUGUCUUUAUGCAACCGUCUCUGAAGUAUACUAAAAUUGAUUAGCAGUUCAUCUGCACUGCACUAUCAGGUGUAACUUAUCAAAACUUACUUGUUCCGAUGAAACUUAUUUGUAUGUUAAAUUUCUUUAAUAUGUAUAUAUAUAUAUAUAUAUAUAUAUAUAUAUAUAUAUAUGCUUGUAUACCAAUGACAUAUGUAAUAUACUACUGCAUAGAUCUAUGUAUAUAUUCCGUCCAUGAUUACUGUUAUAUCCAUCCAACAAUAACCUUGAAUUUUACAUGAUAUCAAAAGUUUUACAAGUUCUUGUUUCACAAUAAAUUCAUGUUGAUUGCGAUACUUAUAAAAUAUGUUCAUAUGCAUGUAUAUUCCAUCCAUACGAAUGAGAAUGUGAAAGCCAUUCACCUUGAAUACUUAAACGGUUUUAAAAAAAUUGACCAAUGCUUUUUCUUGACGGUUGCUUAUUGACAAUUUUGCUAUGCAUGUUUAUUUUUCUCAUGUACUUAUGUAAUGUAUACACUUCUAUUCCAUCCGUUCAAAUAAGUGUUUUUAUUCUGAUUUCCUUGAAUACUAAAUUAUUUGUCAUUUUUCAACUGCU